UUCUUGUUUUCAGUGAUUUCCACAGACCAUGGAGAUGCUUGACACGGCCGUGCUACCCUUCUGGCCAAGGCGCGUCUGGCACCUGGCGUGCGUCUUUUGCUUAGUUGCCAUCGCGUUCAAGCUGGCAAAGCUGCUAAUGAAGAGGAGAGAAUUCGUGCGGGUGCUUCAGCCUUUCCCGGGACCACCUAAACACUGGCUUUACGGCCACGUCCAUGAGUUUCCCCAGGAUGGUACAGAUUUAUACAAGGUCGUAAAAUGGGUUGAGACGUAUCCUCUGGCUUUUCCCUUGUGGUUCGGGCCAUCCGUAGCCGUUCUGCAUGUCCACCACCCGGAAUACAUGAAGACUAUUUUGGCAUCCACAGAGCCGAAAGACGACUUUGCAUACAACUUCCUUAUUCCAUGGAUAGAGGAGGUUAUUAAACAAAGGAAGGAGGCUCUGAAGAAUGAAAGGGAACUUGGAGCAGAACAGAAGAAGAGAAACCUGGACUUUCUUGAUAUCUUGCUGUGUGCAACAGACGAGGACCAGCAGGGGCUGUCAGACGAAGACAUCCGCGCCGAGGUGGACACGUUCAUGUUCGAGGGACACGACACGACAGCCAGCGGGAUCUCCUGGAUAUUCUAUGCCCUGGCCGGCCACCCCGAGCACCAGGAAAAGUGUCGGGCUGAGGUCAUGGACGUCUUUAAAGAGAAGGACACCAUGGAAUGGGAUGAUCUGAGCAAAAUCCCAUACACCACCAUGUGUAUAAAGGAGUGUCUCCGGCUCUAUCCGCCGGUCCCUGGGACAUCGCGGAAGCUGACGAAGCCCAUGACUUUCUUCGACGGGCGGACGUUACCAGAAGGCAUGUUUCCCCAGGACGGGACAGAUUUAUUCAAGAAUAUAAAAUGGGGAGAGAAGUAUCCUCUGGCUUUUCCCUUGUGGUUCGGGCCUUUCCUAGCCUUUCUGAAUAUCCACCACCCGGAAUACGUGAAGACCAUCCUGGCAUCCACAGAGCCGAAAGACGACAUGGUAUACAAAUUCCUUAUUCCAUGGAUAGGGAAUGGUCUGCUUGUGUCACAAGGUCAGAAAUGGUUCCUCCACAGAAGACUGCUCACCCCUGGCUUCCAUUAUGACAUCCUGAAGCAUUAUGUUACACUCAUGGCUGAAUCUGCAAGAGCCAUGCUGGACAAAUGGGAGGUUUACGCCGACCAGGAUGAGCCAUUCGAGCUUUUCAAUCACGUGAGCUUGAUGACACUGGACAGCAUAAUGCAGUGCGCGUUCAGCUGCAGAAGCAAUUGUCAGACCGAAAGUGGCAUCAACUCCUACAUUCAGGCCGUCUACGAGCUGAGUUACCUUAUAAACCUUCGGUCCCGCACCUUUCCUUACCACAGUGACAUAAUCUUCUACCUCAGCCCACAUGGUUACAGAUUCCGGAAGGCCUGCAAGAUAGCACAUGAGCACACAGAGGAGGUCAUUAAACAAAGGAAGGAGGCUCUGAAGAAUGAAAGGGAACUUGGAGCAGAACAGAAGAAGAGAAACCUGGACUUUCUUGAUAUCUUGCUGUGUGCAACAGACGAGGACCAGCAGGGGCUGUCAGACGAAGACAUCCGCGCCGAGGUGGACACGUUCAUGUUCGAGGGACACGACACGACAGCCAGCGGGAUCUCCUGGAUAUUCUAUGCCCUGGCCGGCCACCCCGAGCACCAGGAAAAGUGUCGGGCUGAGGUCAGUUUCCUCGUCGGAAUCAGUGUUUUCGGCCUUCACCGGAACCACAUGGUUUGGGAAAACCCCCACGAGUUCAACCCCCUGAGAUUCCUCCCGGAAAACUGCGCCAAGCGCUCUCCCCACGCCUUCGUGCCCUUCUCUGCGGGCCCGAGGAACUGCAUUGGGCAGAACUUUGCCAUGAACGAGAUGAAGGUGGCUGUUGCCCUGACUCUGAAACGGUACAGACUGGAGAGGGACCCCAACUUUGUUCCUAAGAUGAUCCCACGGUUGGUGCUCCGCUCCCUCAACGGCAUCCAACUAAAGAUCAAGCGUGUGACGCCCGACCCCUGAGUCCCUGCCCCUGCACCCUAUAAAGACAGACAUUCCCGCUCGACAUGGUGCCUUUUACAAUUACGUUAAUUAUUCCAGACAGUAUUAGUGUCGAUGUCGUGGUGUUAGUGGUUAUACUGAAAUCAGGAAGAUUUCAAUCUUAAUCCGGAUUUUUUCCAUAGCAAAUUGAAGAGAUGCACUCUUGUCAAAUCAUCCUGGAAAAUAAGCUAUUGUGUUACCAAGCCAACAGUUUGCCAGACCCUCCCCCCUAAAUUCGUACAUGAUCAAGGACGCUGAUUAAAUGUGGCUAAGGACUGCUCUAGGACACCUUCAACUAUGACAUCAGGCUAAAGGUUAAACAUACUAAAACUAAAAAUAAAUCACACUUCCAAUGUGAUGCUUCUACA